UGCUUUGAGUCUCGCAACGGAGCUCACAAUCCCCGCAAUCUGAUGGAUUGGAUCGAUGGCAGUUUCUCGAGCUGGUGAAUUGGAGCAGGGCAGACAAUCAAAGCGCAGGUUGUAGUGAUGUUAUUGUUUGUUGGGUUUCUCCCCGCCGCAGCAAUGCGGGCGUGGAUCCGCGUCACGGGCAGGUUUCCUCCGACGUUUUAGUGCGGCGUUGGAUGUUGGAGGAAGAGGCUCCGGGGGCUUUAAAAUAUUCGCAUUCAGCUCGAAUGGAUGCUUGCAGCGACUUGAUUUGAAGCGAGGUGUGACCUAGGGGCGGAUGCUUGAUUGCCUAGGACAAUUUGAUUGCUGGGGCGGAGCGGGGCGUUGCAAGAGAGCAUUUAGGUUGGUGCAUGGACAUGGCGGGUUAGAAUCUGCAGGCGCCGCGACUGGGUGUAUUGGGUUGUUUUUUAAUAGGUGGAAGGUAGAUUUGUCUCCGAUUCUUGUAAUUUUAUCGCGAAAGGGCUCGGAGUGGCUUUUUGAGUGGCUGUCACAGUGGUUCAUCGCUGAAGAACAAACAGAAUGCUGGGGCUUAAAAGGGCGGGAUGAUUUUCGGAUUCCUUGGAAAGGUCAGGCUAGUGUUGAAGCCGCCUGUCCCGGUCUGUGGACGAUAAUGCUGAUCAACAACCCUAGCUUUUCUUUUUUCUUUUUUUGGGGGCAAACUUCGAUCCGAGUUCUCUGCAUUUACAGUAGGAUAAUGUCGCAGGACUGGGAGGCUUACCGAGGUUUUCGAGUGAUGAAUGAUUAGAGGUUCACAACAGAUUACGUAUUUCAUGCAUUUGACUUGUGUGAAUGGAAGGAACUUUUGAAGGUAAAUGCACAAGUGUCAGCCACCUUGCCUGGGAGUGAGUGGUCUAACUUCAGAUUUUGAUGAUUUCAAAGUCGUCGAGGUUCACCACGUAGACAUCCGGUCAGUCUGGUUCAAAUAUUGAGAAAUUGGGACUUGACGAAUUUGAUAUUGAUAGGAGGAAUGUCGAGCCCAUGGCAGGGUCGCAUACACAGUCUUCAAUUAGAAGGGCAGCCAGAUGCAUAAUCACAAGCUUUGGAAUUCUUCGUUGGUCAAGGACAAAUGACCUAUUCAACUAGAAUAUAAAAUCUGGGGUGCAUGAAAGGAGUUGGAGAUGGCCAGAACCCUUAAGAACCGGAAGCAGAGCUCGAGGUGCCUGGGCUUUGAAAACUAGCCAAUAUGGUGACGAUACAUCAUUUUUAUUUCUAAGUGAACUCAUUCCAGGUGAACAUGGUCGUUGGAAAAUUAAUAUGUUUAGGCAGUGUUCACCGGUAACCAUCAACCAAUUGCUCUGAAGAUCCUCGAAUUUUCAUCCGGGAUGAAGGCAGCAGAUAACGGAAUCGCACACAAGCAGGUAAUCCAGAUCCAGCAAGAGCAGGAAAAGCAACUUGUUGAGGGAUAGUACGCAAGGAAGAUGAAUCGAAGUGUUACCAUGGCGGUUCCCCGCCAUGAUCCAGUGGGAAAGGCCGAAGUUUCUGCUAUGCAGCGAUGGAUUGUGGCAAUUUGUGCCAUUCGCUUUGAUCUUCAGCAGGGACAGCUGGUUGAAGAAUGCUAUCCAGCUAAUGCACUUUCUCCAGAGGAAGAACUUGACGUUGCCUUCAGUUCAUUUCCAGAUUCUAUGUCUCAAGGAAGCACCCAUGCAAGUGUGCACGACUGCGCAUUCUUCUUUCGGAUUCGCAGGCGUGGUUCAAUUACUGCUUUGAAUCCUGCUCCACCACGAAGGACUAUCCCUCAUCCGCCCUUGAACGCAUUUUCUGACGUAGGGGCCGUUGAUGAUACAGCACGACAGCUUAACUUUGACGAACCCCAAGUACUGCAAAGUUCAUUGAGCGAGGGGCCUGCAGCCCUUGAAGUAUCUCCAGCUGGUAAAGGGGUUGGAAUGGAGAGUGGGUGGGGUAGUUUGCCCCUUCCUGGCAUUCUUGCUAAUGUAAUUUCUCCAAAGCCUGCAGCAAGAGAAACUAGCAAUAGUACUUCUGCGCCUUCCUUAAAUAUAUCUCCAAGCUGUGCUCCAGUCCAUAGUGAAAAGAACACAACCUUGCCCGCAUACUCACUGGAUUCAGUGAAUGGGAUUUCCCGUGGUGGCCCUGGCAGUGGAGGUCCGCGGUACCUGUAUGGCUUUGUCUUCAACAGGCAAAGGCAAGACGAGAAACUAAGACGUGGAGGUGAACAAAAGUCUGUCGUCGUCCUAUCUGAGCGUCCAUAUUCAUGUGUCUUCAAACCAUUGGUACAGAUUGCAGGACCUUUGUAUUUUGAUAUUGGUGCGCGAGCUUUAGAACAAGUGGCAUCUUAUGUCUCCUGCUGGGCACCUCCACUUCAUGGUCAGUUGAUGGAAUUACUGGUUGGGAACAUUGUCAUACGUGCCCAUCUUCCACCAGCACAUACGCUACCUCCUGGUUGUGGCACUCCCAUGGAUGACUUCACCUCAGCAAUGGCACCAGUGCCCCCCUUAAACAGGUCCAUUCCUCAGGGUGUCUUCCACGACAUUGAUCUGUUUGGUUCUUUUCGAGGGGUACUUAUGAAUUUGUGGGUUCUUUGGGAGCUUCUUUUAGUGGGUGAACCUCUGUUGGUGAUAGCUCCCACUCCCUCACAAGUCUGCGAGGCGGUAGCUGCUUUAGUUGGCCUAGUUGCGCCACUGCCAUGUAGUGUAGAUUUCCGGCCUUACUUCACAAUACAUGACCCAGACUUUAGUGGACUUAAUUCUGUGAAAGAAGGGGAGAAAGCUCCUCCAAUGGUUCUGGGUGUUACUAAUCUUUUCUUCCUCAAGGCUCUGAGAAAUAUUCCUCAUGUAAUAUCUGUAGGAACUCCAAAUACAGCUCUUAGUCUUUUGAAGCUAGCAAGGAGUAAUAGUAAUUCCCAAGCUGGAAACCGUCGGUUGUCACUACAACUACAGCUGUCUCCAUUGACCAGAUUCUCUCCUGCAAAUCUGCUAAAAGUUGCAAGAGUGCGUAAAGACGGGCCUCUUUCUUUGAUGUCAGAGCAUCGAGAAUGUUUAUGGUCAAGCUACGUAGCAGCAACUAAACCGGAUACUUCUGUUCUAAAUCGUUUAGUUGACGCUGGAGUUUCCCCCCGAACUGAGGAGUCCAUGUCUAUGGUGAACAAUGAGGUUCUGAAGCGCCACUUUCUGGAAUUGACCACCAAUUUUCUGGCACCAUUUGGACCUUACUUGCGUGCAACUACCCCACAAGAAGGCUCAUCACCCUUCCGGGAUCCACCUCCUCUUCCCCCAUUUAAUGCGCAUGCUUUUCUUGAAGGUCUGGCUGCUCGUGGAGCCGGGAAGUUUCUUGCCAAGCGAUUGCGUGCGAACUGGCUGGACCUCUACAAACGUUUUUUGGAAGGACCAAAUUUUAUGCCAUGGUUUCAGCGUAGACGAGCCGUAGCUGAGCAAGAACAGCAUCGAAUCUGGAGGCAGGCUCGUUGCAAGGCUGACGUAGAGUCCUUCUUGACAUCAAUGUCAGAAGUGGAAAUUGUAGACUCUUUUUCUGCUGUUGAACGUCACUUCAUCAUAGAGUUACAGAUGUUGCAGCGUGCAGGACUUGCUAACACAGAGACACAGACUAUAAAGAAACUAAGAAGUGAUUUGCAUACAAUCUUCAACUUAUUGCCAAACGAUGUACAACAGAUGCUGCUCACCAACCCGCAGCGAGCAAGUCACCUGCAAUGGGAUAGACCAGAAAACUCAAAAGCUCCUGAGAAGCCAUCUUCUAGAUUUGGAUUAUUUUGGCCAACAUCUGAGUCCUCGCAAUUAGAGAGAACGGAACCUGGGGGAUCAAGCAGACAGCUGGAGUCAUUACAAGUCUCUUUAGAUUUGAAUAGAACUUAAUUGUCAUCAUCUGUUUUAACAAAUUCAGUAAUGUCAUGCCCUUGGAACAUGGAGUUAGCUGCUUUUAUAGUCCUUGUACCUCCUUUUCAUCUCUUGUAAUUGUCUUUAUGAGUUAUUUCCAACAUUGUGGGAAAGGUUGAGGUUGAAAUUAAGAACAAUAAACAGUAACUAGGGAAGUUCUGUAUA